UUUGGGUUAGUUGAGUUUUAAGCUUCGAUGCGUACGGUUCGCUUUUCCCGAUUCCGUGUAAUUGUAAAACCCGGUUUUGUGCAAUUUAAACUCGUAACGCCUGCGCAUUUUACGAACCCAAAACACCUCGUUCGGAGUGCUAACUUUUUGGGUUUUUUUUUCCAAAAACAUACUGUAAUUGUGAGAAACUAAAAACUUCGUCUUAAUCAUUUUUGGAUUUACGCAUUUGGGUUUGAACUGUUUUGUACAUGUUUCUGACCACUUAAAGAUUCACGAACAACUCAAUCACGUGCCGAAGCCACAAGUUGUUGAUAACAAACAACAAACACGACCCGAAGACCCCAGCAAACCCGUCGAAAAAUAGAAACAAGCCAACUCAACUCAACCCAACGCAACUGAACUCAACUCAAAGCAAAAGUCUUGGCUCGGUUGGCAUUUCAUUUGCCUGGAUCGCGUUACGUGGUGCGGUUGGUGUUUGAGCUUCGUCUGCUGCCCGCCAAAAAGAAAGUCACGACAGAAACGAGAUUUCCAAGAUUCUGUGCAACGAAAGUCAAAGUUACAAGUUUACUCCAAAUUCGAGGCUUUCGUUACGGCCCGGUUCAACGUCUCUUGCCACUUUCGGGUCUCGGUCUCCUUCAGUCAAUUUUCGGCGACGGUGUCUCCCCGUGUGUGUGUAAGUGUGCGUGUGUGUGUGUUUGUGCCACUUUAGAAAGUGAAAAUCGAGUGCAUUUUGACUUUUGGGCGCUGCAGUUGAAAGUGAAUUUCGGCGGGGCUGCAAGUGAUUUUUGUGUUUCGGCUUUCGGGGCGCUCAAUUCAUCAUUAUCGAUCAGUAGCCCGCGGUUAUCGGCUACUUGAAUCCACUCCACAUCCAUCGGCAGGAGGGCCCGCAAAUAAGUCCAGCCACAAUGGAGGCCGAGGAAGUUACAAAACUCGUCGAUGGCGUGUACAGGAACAUACUCGACAGAUUCAAUCCGGGUGCCAGGCAAUUGAUCGCGGCGGGCAAAAGCUACCUCAAGGCGUUGCACGGUGCCGCAACCGCCUCGCGUCUAUUCAAUGAAGCAUUGGCCAAGAUUGCGAUGAACGCCCAGCAAAGCGGAACGGGCGAUAUUGGUUCGGCUUUGAUGAGCGUUGUAAAUGUCAACAAGGAGAUACAGGAGCAGCAAAUGAAUAUUCUAAAAGCUUUUUACGUGGAUCUAUUGGUGCCAUUGGAGACAAAUCUGGAGAAGGACACGAAGGUGGUGCAGCAUGAGCAGAAGAAGUUCCUGCAGCAGCACAAGGUGCGCAUGGAGAGCUACCAGAAGGCCGUCUCCACGAUGAAGAAGCAGCGCAAGAAAAAGGCCACGCCCGAGAACACCGAAAAGGAGCUGCGGAGCCUCCAAUUGCUCGAGGACCAGAAGAAGAAGCUUGAUGUAUUCUGCGACCAGAGCUACAAGAAUGCCAUGACACAGGAGCGACGACGGUACGGAUUCGUCUUGGAGCGCCAGUGCUCGAUCGCCAAGCACUGGAUGGCCUACCACACCACCGGCAAGACAGUAAUUGAUAAUAAUUUCGAAAAUUGGCAAGAGAUUGCCGCUUCUCGUGAGAUCAUUCCCCCGGCCGCGUACGAAAGUGGCUACAGCAGCAGCAAUGGCCACAACAACAUCAACAUCGCCAUCAACAACAACAGCGGCAACAUGCGACGCCUGGAACGUAUUAAGGACGGAGACGAUGAGCACCUCCAGAGCCACGGCGCCCAGCUGAAGAAGUCGCGUAGCAUCGAUGCCCCAUAUGGUGAUAUGCGGACCUUGCACGAGCGGGAAAACAUUUCCGGAAUGGGAGUCACUGGGGCCUCGCACUACGCCCAAAACUCGCUGCCACGUGCCAAAUCCGACUUCAAUUUGGCUUUGGUGGGCACUGGCCAUAGCUCAGGCAACAAACACAAGAUCAUUGAGGAGCAGCUGUCGCCGUUGGGCGACGAUCAGCGCGGCGAUCAGCGUCCAUUGGUGAAGGCCCUGUACGCGUACAUGCCCUCCGGGGAGAACCAGCUGCCCUUCGAGGAGGGCGACCGCAUCGCCCUGGUGGGCGGCAAGGCCAAGGGCUGGCAGUUCGGCGAGAACCUGCGGACGCAGCACUUUGGCUGGUUCCCGGUGGCCUACACCAAUGCGGAAUCCUCGGAGGCGGCCACAUCGGGCGGUCGGCGGUACGAGAACAUGCUGAUGAGCUACGAGCGGAAUGGCGGCGGAUCGGGAUCCGGUUCCGGCGGUGCAGGGCUGCGUAGCUAUCAGCAGCAGCAGCAGCAGGACUACGAAGCGCAGCUCGAGCUGAUGGAGAGCCACGAGGCCACGUAUCGGCGGCGAAGGAAUCACAGUGCCGAGGAGUCAUCGCCCACGCGAAUGUUUGGGGAUACGAUCAAACAGCAGAAGAAGUACCGCCCCGGAUCCGGAGUCAAUCCGCGCCCGGGUCCACCGCCCACACUGCCCGCUCCGGUGCCCAAUGGCCAGCAGAGCCAGUCCUCCAGGAUGUUGAACAGCUCGCAGAGUUUUUGCGCCUCCAACGGAGGAGUCACGGCGGCGGUGGAGAGACGCAAGCAAAAGCUGCUAAAUGGUGUGCAGAGCUCCAAGAGUCAUCCGUCUGGUAAAUCCGGAGUGGCUGCCAAGACCUCGCUGCACAGCAGCAAUGACAGUGGAUUCGCCAAUGAGCCACCACCGCAGCCGGAAGUGGACUAUUCCGAUGAGGAGCCAGCCACACAGCGAGUGCCCAUUCGUAGACGUCGGGCGGACACCAAUUCGCACACCAACACGGUGCCCAGGGAUGUGGCCUCGUGGACGCUAAACCGGAACUUCCGGAACAGCGUUGACAGCCAGAUCGACGACAAGAGUCUGCAUCGUUUGAGCCGGCAGAGCGGUGGAGUGGGCAAGAUGCGGUACGAUCUGAUCGCCUCCGAUGACGAGAUCCUGCAGGCAUCCAGUGCCGGGCUGAAGCGUACCAAAUCCUUUUGGAAAUUCGGAGGCGGACGCAGUGGCGAGGACAUCCUGGCCGGCAUGUCAUUGUGGCAGCACCGCGACCUGGUGGCCGCCCCGAAUCUAGAGGAGAUGCGCGAUCGCGAUGAUUUGGAGCGGCGCUCCGACGAGGAGCGCAAUGGUACGCUGACCAAGUCACACAACUCCAGUUCGUCGCAGGAGAAGCGAGAACGCAAGGACAGCCUGACCAGCACCGAGCUCUACGCAGAUGAGGAUGAGAAUAUCUACGGGGUGAGUCCACAGCAGCCGCCACAGCAUCAACAGCAGCAGCAGCAACAACAGAGGAGCAGCUAUACGCCCAAGUCGCGCAUGAAGAUCAUGAAGACCAUAGAGAUUGACAUUGAGGAGCCCACGGAUGCGGAGCGAAUGAGCACCAUGCGACGUGGUCAGUCGCAGGAUCAGCAGCAGCAGCAGCAGCAGCAUCAGUCGCAUCGCAAGCUGGACAAACAGGUGUCCGGCACAGGGUCACAGCACAAAUCGCAGACUUUGAGUCGUUCCAAGCCAUCCCAGCAGCAGCAUCAGCAGCACCAGCAGCAAUUUCCGCAGUCCACGGACGAGGGUGACAGCGAUGAGCAUGGCACACUGAAGCUCAGCGAUGUGAACAACUUCUUCGACGAGGGCAAGAACAACAGCCAUGGCCAUGGACUGGUCAUGAAGACGGUGAAGCGACAGGACAUCCUCAAGCAGUACUAUACCAGCGAGGACGAGGAGGAGUCCGAUACGGAGCUGAAGUCGACCAGUUCCGAUCCCUACGACUGUAUUGUGAUCAACGAUCAUCUGGUGCGAAAGGACGACAAGAUGCGCCGACAUCACCAGCAGCAGCAGCAGCACCAGCAGAUGGAGUUCCAUACGUUCCGCUCCUCCACAUCCACCACGGCGACCAAUACGCUGAAGAAGGGCUCCGCCAAGCAGGAGCAGGACAGCACUCUGACCCGCAACUCCACGGCCAGUUCGGGUGCUCCAACGGCCACCAUCCUGCCGCGAACACGCCUCCUCAAGUCCUCAGCCUCCGUUUCCGCCUCCGCCAGCAAUAACAUGAGCAGCAGCAGUGCCACCUUGGAGCGCAACUCAAAGAGUCUGGCCGGGAACAAGAGCUAUGGACCAUGGUACGACUUCUGGGAUCAGGAGCAGCAUGGCCAGAAGUCGGCGAGUGCCAAGCUGAAGUAGAAGGGAAGAAGAAGGGAAAGGGUUGCGAGUACGGAACAGUUGAUAUACCAGAGUUUCGCCGUCUUCUUACGGGCUAAGAAAAUGGGCAGAGAGUGGGUGGAAGGAAAGUGCAACUUUUUCAGUUUGCCUUGUUUCCUUCGUUUGAGUUAAGCAUUAUUUACCCUGUAUAAUUUGAUAGUUUUAGUCCUAGGCAAGUUCUGUUUUGUUUGUUCUAUGUACAUAUCUUAUAAUAAUUUUAAAAGCUAUUUAAAUACUCGUGUGUGUUGCCAGCAAAGGCAGAGGAAACUUCAAAGAACAAGGACCUCUCCAUGUGAACAUUCUAUCCUAUAGUUUUGGUGCCUGCAUGCAUAUCAUUAAAUUUAAUUCGCUUAAGACCUCAUUUCACGAUUUGUUAGUCGGAAUAAUGCAAACGUAAAUUGCUUUUUGCAGCAGGCGCGGUAUUUACCGCAACUAUUCCAUAGAUUACUGACCAGUAACGAGUCCGUGUACGUGUAUCCCAGCUAGCCCCACCAUUCCCCGUAUUAGGUUGCCUUUUUCCAGCCGUAAGUAGAGGUUAUUUUCCCCUCGCCAUCGCUUGGGGAUCGCCUUCCUCAUCCGGACACGUCCUUGAUCUUUUGCAGAGCCUCUCAGUUCGCCACGGUCAAGUUGCGGCACACCAAGACGAACGAUCGAUCGGCCCCAAUGAUUUAUAAGAGUGUGAACAAGUAGCAACGACAGCGGAAGGUGGAGUUUUCCCUGUGACCAAUUGGUUAGCCGGACGAACCGAAAGCUCCAGCCACACCACUCUUAUUCACAGCAAACACACAACAACGCAAUCGAUACAAAAUCACACGUUUUUAUAUAAAGCAUAUACAAAUAAAGUAUAAAGUAGAAAAGGCAUUAUCAGUUAGAUCCUCCAGUUGCCAAUGGGCCUGGACAAUUUGGUAGUCAUUAAGUCGUACUGUUUGUUAAACAUUCUGUUUGUAUGUACUUCUAUGUUAAAGUUCGAAAUGUAUAUUCAAAUACCAUAAUGAUUAAUAAACCUUAUAAAGUUCACAA